UGUGUGUGUGGUGUCAAGUCUCUCGCUCAGUGAUGAGGUUUCAAGUGCGCCUUUGAGAUGUUAUGGAGCCUGUAGAAUAUUCUGCAAUUUAUAGUUGUUUCGCUUCGCUUUUAUUGAAACGACACUCAAACUUUUAGACUACGUACCUUAUUUAGUAUUAUUUUUAUUUAUUUUUUGUAUAUACAAGCUUCGUUUUUUCAUGCAGCGAAAAUGCUGAAAGUUUUGUGAGGACACUCCUUCAGGACCCGACGGACCAAGGCUACAGCUGACAAACCGAGGGACGUAUCAGCUCUGUCAUUUUCAUAGAGGGAGCAGCAAGGGUCUGGGAAUCAUCUGUGCGAGUGUUUCGUCAUGGGUAAACAGAACAGCAAGUUGCGACCCGAGGUCCUCAAUGACCUGCGGGAGAACACUGAAUUCACGGACCACGAGCUGCAGGAGUGGUACCGUGGCUUCUUGAAGGACUGCCCAUCUGGCCACCUAACGGUAGAGGAAUUCAAGAAGAUCUAUGCCAAUUUCUUUCCCUACGGUGACGCUUCGAAGUUCGCAGAGCACGUCUUCCGCACCUUCGACACCAACGGUGAUGCCACCAUUGACUUCCGGGAGUUCAUUAUCGCUCUGAGCGUGACCUCACGUGGAGGUCUGGAGCAGAAGCUCCGCUGGGCCUUCAGCAUGUAUGAUCUGGAUGGCAACGGAUACAUCAGCCGAGCUGAAAUGCUGGAGAUCGUACAGGCGAUUUAUAAAAUGGUGUCAUCUGUGAUGAAGAUGCCCGAGGAUGAGUCGACGCCAGAGAAACGCACAGAUAAGAUAUUUCGACAGAUGGAUACGGACAACGAUGGCAGACUCUCUCUGGAGGAAUUCAUCAAAGGUGCCAAGAGUGACCCCUCUAUUGUCAGACUACUGCAGUCUGACCAAAGCACCUCUCGGCAGUUAUAAAUACAGAUCUUAAAAGCAGACAGGAAACCACUCACAUGGCAAGAUUUUCAAAAGGCAAGAUUUUACUUAGACAUGUUGUUUGAAUUAUUAAUGAGACACUUGUAUCUUUCCUGCUUAAAAAAAAAAAAAAAAGAAGUUUCCUUGUUAAUGGGUGGUGACCAGUUUCAUCAGUAUUUCAGCCUGUUUUUGGAUUGGUAUUGCUGAGUUGUCAUAGCAUCUGGGCUUGGUCAGAAUUUUAAAGAACCCUUGAAAUCAAUUGGCAAAAUUCAGAUAUUUAUAUUUUAAAGGGGUCAUAUGAUGUGAUUUAAAUUUUUCCUUUCUCUUUGGGGUGUUACAAGCUUUUGGUGCAUUAAGAAGAUCUGCAAAGUUGCAAAGACUAAAGUUUCAAAUCCAAAGAGAUAUUCUUUAUUAAAGUUAAGAGUCAACCAUGCCCCCCUAAAACGGCUCAUUCUAACAUGACCCCACGUCUUCGUCACGAUGUGGGAAGAUUUGCAUAACACCGCCCAAAUGUGCACACAAAGAAAAAAGGCAUAACUUUUAUUCUUGCUGUUGCCACCGGCACCAUGUCGUGGAGAAGCUGUGUUUUGUUGUGAAAGCAAAGUUACUUUGUUUGGCUUUCCGGAAGAGGACACAACUAGAAAUCAGUGGUUAAGUUUUAUUUACAACACUGUUCCAGAACAGUUCAACCCAAAUAUUCAGAUGUGUGAAGCGCAUUUUGCGGAGGACAAUGACUGUUUCCUGUGAGAAUAGCCUACAAUGCAAGUGUCCGUUUCUAUAAAGUGGGAUAAUUCCAACUUUGCAAGGAUAGGUCUUUCUGACUCACAGUCUGUAAGUUCGUUUUAAAGAAAAUUUGCCACUGAUGAUUCAAACGUGUGUUUUGAGCAGUGUAGAGUAGCGCUUGUUUUUUGUUUCUCCCAUCACAAAUGCAGACAUGGUUUUAUGUUUAUGCAGUGCGAUAUGCAACGCAACAUGUAAAAACACAGUAUAAGUCAUUAUAAUCUGUAAUUAUGUCCCCACUAGAUGCAACAAAUGCCUUGUUUGUAAUGGGUUUUACUGGUUUUGUGUAGUUCAACCGGGACACAUGGCAUGACAGUUACGGUAUGUUAAGGGGCGUAACAUUUCUGUCACACGCUUGAGGCAUUCAGCCAAUCACAACACACUGGAUAGAUGGCCAAUCAGCUUACAUUUCACUUUUCAGAGUAAUGUUCUUUGUAAAAAUCUAUGCGUUUCAGGAAGGUAGGGCAUAGAGGAGAAACAAUAAUGUAAAGCAUGUGGAAAAAAAUGUGUAUUUUGAACAUUAAACCACAUGAACACAUUGCAUUACACCAAAUACACAAAAUUAAGUUAUUUUUAGCAAUGUCAUAUGACCCCUUUAAAACUUCUUAUUAUUGCUUGCAUUACACAGAUUUUUGUCCAGUCAAUUGCUUUUUAGAAUGAAUCUGUACAAUUGUCAAGUGGCUUCAUAGUUUCUUUAAGAGAUGACCUAAAAAAUUAUUACAUUUCCACAAUUGUAUUCCACUCAAAGUGUGAAUUUAUGGUUGUUAAUAUUCCAUUUGUUUUGCAUUCGUUCCAUAUCCAGAGAACUAUUUGCAUGCUUCUGGCAUGUCCUGACUUAGUAUCUGUACUAGGUGUUCUUUGGUUGAACAUUUUAUACAUCAGGUGGUUUAACUGCAUCCAGAGCGACCUGCUGUCCUGCCAAUCACGAUCACUCUGAAACAUUAAGGCAGUCUGUGUUCUGCAUUUUAAAAGGAAAGUAUUGCUUCUUUAAGUGUGUAAAAAAAAAAAAAAAUGCCAACAGUUUGGUCAGUAAGAUUUUUUUAAUUGUUUAAGGAUACAUUAAAUUGAUCAAAAGUGAUAGUAAAUACUUCUGCAUUGUUACAAUUAUUAGAUUUAUAUUUCAUAUAAAUGCUGUUCUUUCGAACAAACUAUUCAAAGAAUCCUGGGAAAAAUGUAUCAUGGUUUACGCAAAAAUAUUCAUCUGCACAACUGUUUUCAGCAAGGAUAAAAUAUGUUUCUUGAGUAUUUUUGAUCAGACAAAUGCAGUCUUGGUAAGCACAAGAUAUUUUCAAAACAAAAAGUUUUGAACAAUAAUGAAUGCCCACUGCUGGGUGCUUGGGUUUCAUUAUCAUGUAUUUUGAGUUCAAAUGUAGCUUUUAGAUUUAAAAUCUAAUAUGCUAGAAUAAGUUUCUCGGGAGGUCAGAGAAUGAUUUGAAUGAUAAUGCGCAUUGAUGAACGGUUUUAAAGUGCAAUUGAAUCAUGCAUGAUCAUUUUUCCUUUGUUUUGGUUUCAACUCUAAAGGAAACUUCUUUAAUGUAUCAUAAGCAGUUAGUCAAACUUUUCACAACCGUUUCUGCCCUGAAGGUAAAAAAUAACAGCAACCAGCAGCCUUUCGGUUGCUCAUGAAUAUUUGAACACUGUUGUGUGUUUGGACAUAUGGAGCAGAUAGAAUGGCAGACAGGUGGUUAGUUUCUAUUUGUCCUUUCACCAGUCCAGUGUCAACAUGAACAGUACAGAUGCUGUUGGAUAAGUAGCUCCAUAGAAUGUAACAGGAAAACAUAGUGUAUAAAUACAGUGUAUUCAUGCUCUUUCGGUUAAUGGGAACAUUCUUUUACUCGGGUAAUGCUCUUUAAUUUGCUCUUUUGCAUGUAUUGUAUUUCAGUGCUCCAUUUGCUCUCUCUCUCUAUGUAGAAUGAUUGUAGAAGUAAAAUGCCAAAACUAAUAUUUGUACUGGAUAUAAAUAUAUAUUUGAUUUAUGUCAUUUCUAAUUUUGUAUAGUGUUAAAUGUGCUGUAAGGAACGAUGGUUGACAAAAAAAGUUAUAUUGCAGCUGGGAAUGGGAUUUCCAACCCUAUUUUUGUGAAACCAAAGCAUCAGUGUGAAUCUUAAUGUUGCAUCAUUACAGUGUAUGUGUCUGCAUGAAUUCUCAAUAAACCACUGAUUCAAAGGCCA